CCGAAAUGACCCCAGCGCAUGAUAUCUUUCGACGGAUGAGCCCCUUUUCCCACCAUUACGCAGCAAGAGAUCUUUAUUUCAAGGAGCCGUACGCGUCACCGAACGCUUUGAUGACAGCAAGUCUACUUCUAAGGAAGUUGAAGUAUCCUAUAAAAACCCAAAGCAAAUGACUGGGCAUUCGCUACGCAUCACCUGCUUUUCUAUCUUAGCUUCACUCGUACCCCUCUGCUCUGUGACCAUGCCUCUCAUCAAUCCCGCUCCUGAACCUCCCACUAAACUGGGGUAUCUUAGGACCCUAUCAACUCGUGCUGGUGUCAACGUUUCCCCUCUGUGCUUGGGGGCAAUGAGCAUCGGUGAGAGUCAAUGGAGCAAGCAUAUGGGAUCUAUGGACAAGGAGUCAAGCUUCAAGCUGCUCGACGCCUACUUUGAUAUGGGUGGAAACUUCAUCGAUACUGCUAACAACUACCAGGACGAAACGUCUGAAAAGUUCAUUGGCGAAUGGGCUGAAAAGCGCGGUAUACGCGACCAGCUAGUCAUCGCGACCAAGUAUAGUGCAAACUGGAAACGCGGGGCCACCGAUAUCGCGCAGAAAGCUCACUAUGUCGGUAAUAGCGUCAAGUCGUUGCAAAUCAGUGUUGAAGCCAGUUUGAAAAAAUUGCGCACAACGUACAUCGACAUUUUGUACGUACACUGGUGGGACUGGAGUACUUCCGUUGAAGAAAUUAUGGAUGCUCUGCAUCAUCUAGUCGCACAAGGCAAAGUUCUCUAUCUUGGAAUAUCCGAUAGCCCCGCGUGGGUCGUUUCACAAGCGAAUACUUAUGCUCGGUGCAUGGGCAAGACACCAUUCGUUAUUUAUCAGGGUAUGUGGAGUGUUAAGGACCGCGAUUUUCAGCGUGACAUUAUUCCGAUGGCACGAUCUUUUGGCAUGGCUCUUGCGCCUUGGGGAGUUGUCGGUCAAGGCAAAUUCCUUUCUGAGGCUGAGGUCAAACGCCGUCAAGAGUCGGGAGAGGGUGGUAGAACGAUCUUGUCAGAUAAUUGGCAGCCAACAGAAGACGAAAUGCGUAUUUCUCGUGCUUUGGAGAAUGUGGCGAAAGAAAUCGGUGCAAAGAGUCUCACUGCAGUCGCUAUUGCCUACGUUAUGCAAAAGACCCCAUACGUUUUCCCAAUCAUUGGUGGUCGUAAAGUGGAACACCUGGUUAGCAACUUGGAAGCGUUAGAUAUUGAGCUCUCGGACGAGCAGGUCAAAUACCUCGAGAGCAUCAUCCCAUUUCAAGCUGGUUUUCCUUAUAGUCUCAUUGGUGAUGGGACAACGAUCCCUUGGACGCUGUCGAACGCAAUAAAAAUGCAGAAAAUCCCGCCACUUCAGGCCCUUCGACCGAUCAAAAAUUGACUGGGGCUUGUAAAUAGGGCUUCAAAACCAGAAUCACGUAGGGGGGAGUCUGUUAGGAUGCUAUAGUAUAGAAAUCAUCGUUCAUGUAAAGAGCAGAACUUUCGUUAAAUCUAUAUAUUGGAGG